UAUAAACUAAGUAGUUAGAAUGGCUUGACCCCUAGAAUCUAUAUAUAUAGCCAAGGUUGAAGACAUUAGCAUUGUGGCAAAAGUUAGAAAAACACAAACACAGAAAAAGACAGACACAAUGAGGAGCAAUCAUGUGCGUUUGAACUGUGGCAUUACAAUGCCUCUUAUAGGAUUAGGCACUUAUUCCUUCCCAAAUGAUAGGAACACAACAGAACUUGCCGUCCAUUAUGCCCUUGAGAUGGGUUAUAGGCAUUUUGACACAGCAAAAAUAUAUGGUUCUGAGCCAGCACUGGGCAAGGCCUUGAAUGAGGCAAUCUGCGAGGGAGUAGUGGAGAGAGAAGACAUUUUCUUAACGUCAAAACUGUGGGGGAGUGAUCACCAUGAUCCUGUUUCUGCAUUAAAACAAACUCUAGAGAAUCUGGGUAUGGAGUACCUAGACAUGUACCUAGUGCACUGGCCAGUGAAAUUGAAGCCAUGGGUUAACUACCCUGUACCUAAUGAAGAUGACUUUGAAAAGUUGGAGCUUGAGAAGACAUGGGCAGGGAUGGAGAAAUGCCUUGAAAUGGGGUUGUGUAGGUGCAUUGGGGUUAGUAAUUUCUCUAGCAAGAAGAUUGAGUCCUUAUUGGAUUAUGCUUCUACAACUCCAGCUGUAAAUCAGGUGGAAAUGCAUCCAAUGUGGAGGCAAGAAAGGCUUAGAAAGACCUGUGGGGACCACAAGAUCCAUGUGAGUGCUUAUUCACCACUUGGUGGACCAGGGAAUGCAUGGGGAUCAACGGCUGUGGUUAAUCACCCUAUCAUCACAUCAAUUGCUCUCAAACACAGAGCAACUCCAGCACAGGUUGCAUUGAAUUGGGGACUAUCAAAGGGCUCAAGUGUGAUUGUCAAAAGCUUCAAUCAAGAAAGAAUGAGGGAAAAUAUGGGAUCGUUUGAUCUGAGAUUGGAUGAUGAAGAUAUGUUGGAGAUUGAGAAAUUAGAGGAAAUGAAGAUUAUGAGGGGGGAGUUUCACGUUAAUGAAACCACGAGUCCCUACAAAACCAUUGAAGAACUUUGGGACGGUGAAAUUUGAAGCCAAAGACAAGGUUGUGUUCAUUUACACCACAGGGGAAGAACGGAAUUGAAGAAAAAUUUGUUUCAACUGAAACGUUUAAUGUCUUCAUUUCUUAACCCUGGUUUAGAAUGAUCAUAACAAAAGGAAAAAAGAAAGCACGUAUUUUUUACAGCUAAACUUGCUUUUGCAAUGAAAUUUACUGUAACUAUAUUUUGCUUUCUUUUGCCGCAAUUGUCAUUUUUAAAAUUUUAAAGUUUGUAACUCCAAGCCUAAGUAUUGAUUAUUAAGUUCUUGCGUGAGACACCAAAAUAUGAACUAAAUUAUCGAAACAGGAAAACUAAAUAGCCCAAAGAAUUUGAAUCCUCGUGUGUUGUUUAGCAAAAUAAUUUUCAGAGGACUAAUAAUAUCUGUUACUUUUUAUCAAGGACUAAACAGAAAAGGAGAAAAAUCUGAGUAACUAGACAACUUAGGUAUUCAU